CCUUUCUCACCUCUUUCCGCAUCCUCCUCCUCACCCAUCGUUCCGCGAGGUAUUCUGAAACCCAUCGUCUCGCAGAUCCUCCUCACGAUCAACGCGGACCACGGCAAGUGGCUGAAUAAAGAAGAAGCGCGUCUGAGGGUCUGCGGCAAGCGGCCAAGAAUCGUCGCGCGCGAUUCUUUCCAGGUGGCGGCGAUGCGGAGUUCAGGAGAUGGCCCGGUGGACCUGAAGGGGAAAGGGAAGGAAAGGGCGCGGGAUGAGUCAAUGCGCGGGUCAGAUGAGGUCAAUGGCUUUGACGGCACGAUGGAGGUGGACGGGGAUGGAAAGAGGGAGAGGGAUGGAGAGUCGGACGAAGAGGAAGAGGAGAUUGAGGCGGAAGGCGCCUUGAUGACGGAAUCUCUCGUGGAUAUCAUCCUGAACGGCGCCGAGGACCUCUUAUCCCUCGAAGAAGCCUACAUCACGCUCUGCCUUCGGCUCAAAACCAAAUUCGGACCAGAAACCUCGUCCGAUAACGCGCUCAGCAACGACGAGGGGAUCCGGAUCGCCAUCCAGCCCAUCCGGGACGAGGCGCCCGCCAUCGUCCGGGCUCUCCAGCGAGACCUGGCGCGUUUACUCGGCAAGUUUCCCAGCGCCGAGCGGUCUUCCAGCCCUCUCGAGCGGGAGAGCUCACCCUUCGCCCACAUCCUCCCACUCCAAGACGUCACACCCACCCGCCGUCAAACCUCCUCCCCCCUCCCCGGGUCCAGCAGCCGGUCCCGCUCCGGCUUCACCGAGGCGGAAGUCCGAUACCGCCGCGAAGCCUCUGGGGUCGGUCAGGCCGCCCUCAAAUUUCUGGCUCUCCUUUUCAACAAGCAGCAGCUGUAUAGCUGCUUCUCGGACGCAGACCUCACGGCGCUCCUCGACCAAGUACUCGCUAUCCCCCGUACCCCCAAAAUGCCCACGCCAAAUCCGAAACGGACCUACGUUGCUGCCAUCACGGUCCUCGCACAUAUCAAAAUCCCUAGCGCGGAUGUCUUGCCAUGCAAGGAGAAGAUCAUCCGGGUGCUCGAGAGCGCCGUGGCGGACGGUCUGGGCAAGGGGAACUUUGCGACGGGUGGGGCGGAUAUCGUCCCCACGCGAAAACCGGGCCUCAUUGCGGUCGCCAAUAUCGUCUCGACCUAUCCCCUUCUCUUCGUCCCGCACUACGCCGACCUCCUCCCUGCGGCUCUGCGAGACCUCUACCACAAGUCACCCGAUAUCCGAGGCAAAGCGGCUGCUGUCUGUACCGCAUUCGCUACGGCUAAGUAUGGCCUUGUGUCGGGAGCGGCGGAUGCGCUCGAGCGGUCGCCAUCGGCGCAGACCAAGGAGGACUGGCAAAAGAUGAAGCUCUUGGCGCAACGACUAGAGAUCUCGGUGGUCAGCCAUCUCAAGUCGUUUGUCAAGGUUCCGGGACAGGCGGGGCCGACGUAUGGGCGGACAGGAGAGAGAAAGACGGAGGCGACGACCAUAGAAAGUUUGUUUAGGGAUACGAUCGGGUCGGCGGAGGGGGUGCUUUGGGCGUGUGCGACGUAUAGUGCGCUCAUCAGUCUCAUGGGCGCUGCGUACCCUGCGAGCGGACAUACCUCGACCUUCACAUACAUUAUGGAGAAAGCACUUCAUAUCACCACCAACAACACCCGGACGAUCUUUGCCCGCACAGCAUGGUCUCACAUUAUCCACGCCUACUUUUCGGCGGUCACCACCAUCUCUCUUUCCGCAGAGAACCAGCUCAUCCGGUCAUCCAGUACCUUCUCGUCUGGCACAGCGACCGAAAUCGUCGAGCGGCUCCGGCUUAUACAGUACCCCGUCGAUCUCGCUCUCAAGGGCAUCAACGCCCCAACAUCGGUCCAGAAGGUGCUCACCUCUGCGACCGAGGGCGCACCGGAACGGUACGCUUGGGACCGGACGGAGAAGGGCAAACGGUACAACUGGCUCGUCACUUGCGGCUCGGCAGCUGCGGAUGUCAUAUACGCCCAUACCGGCGUCGCCCUCUACCACCAGUCCCUUCCUACCCCUACCAGCCCUCCUGCCUCAGGUACUCAGACGCGACCCGAGGUGGCCGGAGCGACGCAGCUCGAGCGCCUGGACGUAGCAUGGGAUAAGGUGGUCAAGCCUAUCCUCACCGGUCUCCUCGGUGUCAACGGUAUUGACAGCCUCAAAGUCAUCGGCUGGCAGUCUCUCCACGCUAUCACCUCCCCCACAUCUUCCGAAUCGACCUCGUGGUCACUCGACCGCCUCCUCUCACCGCGUUAUCUCUCCGGACGCGCCUUCGCGGCUGACGCCGUCAUCCUCGUCGACAAAUCCCUCCAGGGCGUCGAGGACGAGGCGAUCAAGCCUAGCGAGAUUCCCGCGUGGGGCGCAGAAUGGGUGGUCCAUCGCCUCCCGGAAUUGCUGAGCUUGUUCCAGGAGGCGUUGAAGGGUGUAAACGGGGUGUCUAGGAUGGGAGUGUGCAAUUGGGUGAGGACGGAGCAGGGGGACCGGGUUGUCCCGGUCCAGCUCGUCCAGAUCUGGUCGAACCUCCUCCGAGCUCUCGCGAGUACGCGCUCGGAGGGUGGGGCGGGAGAUGCGGCUUUUGCACAAGGGGUUCAGCAGGUCGUUUCUGCCAUCAAGGCGAUAUGGGACCUGGAACCCGAGGAGUACCUUCCCAUCGGUCUUUCCGGGGUUGAGGGGUGCAGUCAGGAUGUCGACUUGACCCGCUUGACCCUCCUCGCCAAGCUGGUCGAUACGGCAAUCGAGCAACUCGGUCACACUGCCCUCGCCAAGACGUCUUUCGCCUUCCUCGGGCCUCACUACCCCGAUCUCGGAAUGGGUGUCAAUGCUCGGUCUACGGCUGCAGGUGUACUGCUCUUCCAACUCCUCAAUUUCAGCCCUUCCACCUCCCCACUCUCCGGACCAGCCCAGAUCGUCUUGGACGGCCUGGUCACCAAGCUCCUCAGGAUUGGAGUGGCCACUUCGACCGCCUCCGAGCUCCUCGGCGACAUCACGAACGGCCUGCCGACUGUUUUCGAGUCGGACGAGCCUGUCCAGCUGGAUAUCUGGCGUGCACUCGCUUGCGCCUGGUGCGAGUUCCUUGGCAAUGGUCAGGUGGCACCUGCCCCAGCGGUAGACGGCCAAGUACAACCAGACAUUACCGGCGCGGUACUCGUCGACCUGAUGGUCGCUCCAUUCCGAAACAAGGCGGUAGAGUCGGCGUGGCACUCGCACGCCGGUAAGGUGGAUUUGGGGGCGUGGAAGGGGCUAUUGGAAGCGACGGGGCGGAGGUUUAGGGCGAAGGCGGUGGACAGUAAUGAGGGGUUACUGGAUGAGGUGGCGAGGCAGUUGAUGGGGAUCUUUGAGGAUUCGUCAACUAUAACUGUGUCUUGCUUGACCGCAAUGAUCGAGGAGAUGAGCUCCGCUAUGUCUCAAGGCCAUUCAUCACACGUCCCAGUCGACUUGCUCAAGGUCGUCUCAGCCUCGCUGUUUGAGUGUUAUCCCACUCCCGAGACACUCGGAUCGCAGACGGAGUACCACCUCCAUCCUGCUGUCAACGACCUAGUCGAUGCCUUCACCUCAUUGCUUUCAGCGGCUUCACCCUCAGCGGCCAGUCAGCUCCUCGACCCAGAGACUACGGCCGGUCUCCGGAUCUGGCUGAGCGAUUCAUCGCAAGUCUCCUCCCCCGAACUCAUCACGUCUCUCGACAAACUCUACUGCGCCAGUCUGGAUCUCCUCUCCCGCGCAAUCUCAUCCGGUGAUAUCGCAGCCACCGGUCACACUCUCGACACCUACAUCGACCUCUUCGCUCCCCGCCUCAACUGCGCAGGAUCAAGCGACGUACCGCAGCGCUUCGUGCAGUUCUGGCGGGCCGGGUUCGAGGGUGUCGACCUGGACAUUUCGGACGAUACCCGUGGAUUCCUACUGGGGUUCAUGGCGGCUGUACCGGGCACCAUUAGCGUCCAAGGUCUGGCAGAGUCGGAGCCGAUGGAUGAGGAGGAGAGUCAAAGGCGUUUCCCCCAUUCUCAGGCUGUACGGGCUGCGCCGUCGUCCCCUAUCGUACCGGCAUCGGAUCCUAUGGCCAUGGACGUCGACCAGGUGGAUGUGGAGCCAGAGCAGGAGGCAGCCGAGACGAUGGAGUAUGAGGCGGAUAUCUCA